GCUUCAUUGGUAAUUUUGGGUAUAUAAAGCAGCAAGGGGCCCAAAUCUUAAAGAGCCCAGAUUCCCUUUUCGACAGUCUGUCUCAAAUCUUUCAUCUCGUGGGGUGCUUCUUGUGCAUUACUGAGUAGAGCUCACCUUCCAGGUUGUACCCACGACCGCAUUUUCUUGGGUUCUCAGAUAUCAGCUUCUUCCAUCCCUCAGAAACGUUUUCAUGGCUUCGCUCGUCGAAUCUGGCUGGAGGUAUCUGAUCACAAAUUUCAACGACUUUCAACUGGCAUGUCUAGGAAGUUUCUUUCUCCAUGAGAGUGUUUUCUUUUUAUCUGGACUCCCUUUUAUAUUUCUUGAGAGGGCAGGAUGGCUGAGCAAGUACAAGAUUCAGACAAAAAAUAACAGCCCUGCAGCUCAGGAGAAAUGUAUUACUCGCCUACUGCUGUAUCAUUUUUGUGUCAAUCUGCCAGUUAUGAUCAUUUCCUAUCCUGUCUUCAAAUUCAUGGGCAUGCGGAGUAGUCUUCCAUUGCCGUCCUGGAAAGUUGUUUCAACACAGAUCAUUUUCUACUUCGUCUUAGAGGAUUUUGUAUUCUAUUGGGGACAUAGGGUUCUGCAUACAAAAUGGUUGUAUAAGCAUGUGCAUAGUGUCCAUCAUGAAUAUGCUACGCCUUUUGGACUGACUUCUGAAUAUGCUCACCCGGCUGAGAUAUUGUUCCUUGGUUUUGCCACCAUUAUUGGUCCUGCCAUCACUGGGCCACAUCUGAUCACUCUGUGGUUAUGGAUGGUACUUAGAGUGCUCGAGACAGUCGAGGCACAUUGUGGUUACCAUUUCCCGUGGAGCCUCUCAAACUUCUUACCUUUGUAUGGAGGUGCUGAUUUUCAUGACUAUCAUCACCGUUUGCUUUAUACCAAGUCUGGCAACUAUUCAUCAACUUUUGUUUACAUGGACAGGAUCUUUGGAACCGAUACCGGUUACAGAAAGUUGAAAGCACUGAAGAAAACUGGAGUUGAAGACUACAGCAAGGAAAUGUGACAUGGGAGCCAGAAAUUUUAUGAACUAGCUUGACAUUAGUAAAUGGGUUCUUUGAUUCUAAGGGCAGUGCUGAAGAGGUCUCUGUUUCUGUCUCCACCUAAUCUUUGUAUGCAGCCAUCUUUUUUGUGUUUAAUUUAUUUUUCUCAUUUUAGAGCUCAUGUUAAUGUGGAAUCAGUUGAAAGCAUUAUGCAGACAUUUGUGCCCGCUAAUUGCUGACAUGAAUGAAGGUGCCGCCUUUUUCUUCU